ACAUCAUUGGAUUGAAUGAGACACAGUUGCGUUAAGCUUCUGCCAUCACUAAUAGGUUCGUUUGUAGCGGCAUAUCCGCUCGCAUAACCACCACCCCCCGUCGCCACCAAUCAAACCCAUCUCUUUAAAUUCACCCACAUUAAUCCCAAUCUCUCUCUAAAACUUACACACAAAAACAAUCAACACAUUCCUCUCAAAUUUCUCAGACACGCCAUUGAUAAGAAAACGAAAGUUCUUGGUGGUUGCAGUUUGUAUAAUUUAAUCGGGCUGUCAAAGAAGGGAACUUGACAGCCCGAGAUUGUUGGACCGAACGUGUUUCGGGUUCAUCUAAUUUCCCUAUUUAGCUAUAACCAGAUUUACUUGCCGUUUUAUAUUCAUUAUAUCAAUAGGAUUCUUUGAUUUUUUUGUUUCUAAAUCAUGAUGGGUUCUUUGUCGGGUUCCUUACAACGCCCAAUUGUUGCAGCUGCUGCUGUUUUUGUAGCUUCCAUUGCUCCUGAUAAACUCCCAUCUCUUAAAUCAUCAGACACAACUUGUUCCACCUCUGACCAAUCCUUACAUUCUUCAUUACCAAACUCAUGGGUUUCUCAAAUAUCUGUUUCCAAGCUAACAAAUUUGUCCUUUGUCAGUAGUAUACGUGUUCCUCUUCCUAAUACUAAUACUAACUUCUUAGUUCCGAAUUCCAUUCAUAAAUUUGUACCCAAUUUGUUAGGUUCUUCUUUUGGUUCUUUUUCUCCUUUUCUUAAUUCGUAUCAGUCUGCCGAGUUGGCGAAAGGGCAUCUUAAGCCGAGUGAAGUUAUAAAAACGGCCCCUACUUCUGCUCCUGAUGUGUUGUACAGAUGGCAUUUACCUGAGGCGGAUGCGAUUGAUGUGUCUGGUUCUUCGGAUUGCUCCUUGGCUAAGUUGAGGACAGUCGUGGUGUUGUUGGGAUGGCUAGGAUCAAAGCAGAAGCAUCUUAAGAAAUAUGCAGAGUGGUAUACUUCAAGAGGAUUUCAUGUUAUUACUUUUACUUUUCCGAUGUCUGAGAUUUUGAGUUACCAAGUUGGUGGAAAAGCUGAGCAGGACAUAGACUUGCUUGUGGACCAUUUAGCUGAUUGGCUGGAAGAGGAGGAGCAUGGAAAAAAUCUAGUUUUCCAUACUUUUAGCAAUACUGGAUGGUUGACAUAUGGAGCUAUUCUGGAGAAAUUUCAGCAGCAAGAUCCGUCCUUAGUGGGAAGGAUUAAGGGUUGCAUUGUGGAUUCUGCCCCAGUUGCAGCUCCCGACCCUCAGGUCUGGGCUUCAGGUUUCUCUGCAGCGCUUUUGAAAAAGAACAGUGUUGCCACAAAAGCAAAUACAAGCUCAAACGAGUCAGAUGUGGAUGUAUUAGUUGGUAGAAGAACUUCCGUAGAAUGCAAACCUAGAUUAACUGAAGCAGCUUUACUGGUCAUUCUGGAGAAGUUGUUUGGCGUGGUUCUGAAUCUUCCUAAUGUCAAUAGGAGGCUCUCAGAUGUGCUAGGGUUACUAUCAUCAAGACAACCAAGCUGUCCACAGCUUUAUAUUUAUAGCUCUGCAGAUAGAGUGAUCCCUGCAAGCUCUGUGGAAUCAUUUAUAGAAGAUCAGAGAAAAGCCGGUCAUGAGGUUAGGGCAUGCAACUUUGUGUCCACUCCUCAUGUUGAUCACUUUAGAAAUGACCCUAAACUGUAUGGAACUCAGCUGAGCCAGUUUUUGGAUGACUGUGUACUUACUUCCUGCAAACAUGAUUAACUGAAACCGACAAAACAAUGAAUUGAACUCUUCAUUUUUUUACAAAAAAGAAAAUAAUUACUUCAUAUUUUUUCCGUCGAUUCAUUAGCUUUACAGUUAUACAGUGUAUUGAACUGUGGUUGUAAAAUUCAACAGCAGAACAGCAAUUUUUUUGCCUCUCUAAUGUUUUGACUGUAAAUUAGGAUUUGCCUAAAUUACUUCUCUUAAUUUGUAAUUAUUCUUCACAUUAAUGGAACUAUGCAACAUUAUAUGAGUCA